GCAGAAGACCCACUAUUGCCAGACGAGGAGGCGCCUCCACUGCCUGAUGAGCCUGUGCCAGGCGCAGAAGACGAUGGCUGGGAGCCUCGCUGGGACGACACGGCGCAAGCCUGGUACUUCUACAACAACAAAACCGGAGUAUCACAAUGGGACAACCCACGUGUGCCUGUGGCAACGACAACCAGCACUGCAUCCGCUACUGCCCUGCCCUCAUACUCUGGUGCGCCCGGCACUGGCUCACCGCCCAAGCGGAAAUGGGGCGGAUACAACCCAGCUAUUCAUGGAAGUUAUGACCCCAAUGCCGACUACGCACAGGAGGCGUCGAAGGAGGAGGAGGAGGCCGAGCAGGCAGCCCAAGCUGCGGCAGCCAUGGCUGCAGGCCUGCCACCCCCAAUUGCUGCAAACGACUACACAGCACAGGCCCACUUCAACCGUUUCACUGGCAAGUUCCAGACUGGUGGACAAGGUCCUGACGUGCAUAACGACGAGAACAAGAGCAAACGUCAAAUGACUGCCUUUUUCGACGUAGAUGCAGCAGCAAACAGUCAUGACGGGCGCAGUCUGAGAGCAGAGCGUCGUGGCAAGUCUUUGAACAAAAAGGAGCUUAAGGCCUUCAAGGACAAGCGUCGCGAGAAGAAGGAAGAGAAGCGCCGUGCGUGGCUGCGU